UUUUUUUCUUUUUUGUAUAUAUUCCAUUCACAUACAACAUAUGGAUAAUCCUCCUACGAAACGUGGACGUAAAAAAAUUGAAAGAAUACCUGACGGUCAAGGAACUGAUCCAAUUACUUCUACAACUAAAGCCAAACGCGGAAGACCUCGUAAACCGAAGACUGUCACAACUGAUCCUACAGAAGUUAUCGUCAAACGCGGACGUGGACGACCUAGAGGCAAGAUACAAAAAGAAGAUCAACUAGAAGAUAUCAAACUUGAAUAUUCUCCUUCCGGUUCAACGUUAUCCUCACACGCACCUCAUAUCCUUCCUGACAAGCAAGAUAUUAAGAACGAGGUCCUUCAAGAAGACAAUAAUAUUAGCAACGCCAUUAUCACCAAUGACAAUAACAGCGAUAGUGAUAGCGAUGAUGCUUUCAUUUAUGAAGGAACUGAUGACGACGACAUGGAAGCAGAAGGAAUGGAUGAUAUUGAUAAUGACGAAGUGAUCUAUCUUGUCCGCGAUCAACAGUUAGAUAUCAGAAAAGGUCACGAAUUACCAAUCCUCUAUUAUCCCGACGUCCAAAACAGAUUUUAUUCAAUAAUACGAUCCUUCCGCAUUGAACAUUUUUACAUCAUCAGUCGAUAUAUCUUGUUGAUUUUAUUUGCUUGUUUUAUUAUAUCUCAAGUUGGUCAAGUCAAAUCUACAGUCAGAAGAAAUGGAUAUUGUGACUCUGACAUUGGAAAUAAUAGUGGAACAGGCAUUUUACCUAAUUUGAAUGGAGUGAACUCAUUUUGUAUCCCUUGUCCUGCGAAUGGUGUAUGUGUCAAUGGUCAACUCACUUGCCUUCCUCUCUAUCGACCGCAUCGAUCAAUCACAAAACGGAUCAUCAACCUUAUUUGGCCAACUGGGAAAACAUGUAUCAAAGAUCCAACACUGGUCAAACUUUCAAGGAAACUGGAACAUCAUAUGUUACAGUAUCUUUCACGUCGCCAAGGUCAUCAUGAAUGUCGCCACCUCCAGUUUGCUUCUUUUAGAACAUCAUCAUCAAAAUCAUCUUCCAAUACGCAGUCAACUAAUGCAUCAUCAUCAUCACAACAACAAGAUCAAUAUCUGGUCAAAACGAACAGGACAAGGAUGAUCGAUAACUUGCGACGAUCAUCAGCUCUACCUACUGCUCACGAUCAACAUCACCAAAUUGAAUUGGAUUAUGUCAUGGAACAAGCUCUGAUGAAUAUCAAGAGUAAUAAACAUGUGAUCACUUGGAAUAUCGAUGAUGAACUGUAUUUGGGCAUAGACGUUGCAAGAUAUUCGGUUUGGUGUUGGUGUUUGGCCUCCAUCUUCUCUAUCUUUGCACUUGUGAAAAGGAUGAAUACAAUGAUUACACUUGGUAUUCCUACGCUGGUGAUUCUAUGGAUGGGCUAUAGAUGGAAAAUGAAAAGAAAUCGACAAUUGGCAACCGUUGUUCUCAAAGCGUUGGAUAUUCUGAAAAAGCAGCGACAAUUACAUAUUGAAAAUCCUGAUGGGUUUGGACCAGGAUGUUCAGCAAGAUACCUUCGUCUGCAUGCAUUGGAAUCAAGCAACGAAAAUACAGCACAUGUAUGGAGGGCGGCAUUACAGGUACUACAGCACCAUCCUUGUCUGCGUCAUGGCUAUACGGAUGAAAAUGGCGAAAUUCUACAGUAUUUUGAAUGGUUAUAGUUUUAUAUUGUAACUUCCAUAGAUUGCUUGUAUAUAUUCUUUUAUCCUAUCUUUUUUUUUUUUUUAUCCAAUCGUACAUGAUUCACAUCCUUUACCAAUAUAUGCACAAUAUUAUACUGAUACCAAU